GGUACUUGUUUUGCUUCUCGUUUCCAAAGACGUAGGAAGUAGUGGAUCUGCGUGAUAUGCUGUAGUAAAGAUGGAGUUUAUUAAAGAAGAGAGUGAAGACAUGACUGGUGAAACUCCAUGCAACAUAAAAAGUGAAGAGACCGAGGAACAAAUAGACUCGAAGGUGAAAGAGGAAAGUCAAGAACUGAAUGAAGAGCAGAAGCUCCAUCACUGUCAGAAUCCUUCUAAUUUCAUAAAAGAAGAAAAACCUUUUAGUUUCUCACAGAGUGAAAAAGAUGUUAAGCAAGAAAGAACUGAACGAAAAAAAGCCCAAAAUCCCUCAACCUCUUGUCAGCCAGGAAAUAGUUUCACAGAGAAAAGAUGCCUUACAAGUUCCAAAAGAAUUCACACUGGAGAAAAGCCUUUCACCUGCCAUCAGUGUGGAAAGAAUUUCACAAAAAAAGGAAACCGAGAUAUUCACAUGAUAAUUCACACUGCAGAGAAGCCUUUUAUCUGCCAUCAGUGUGGGAAAAGUUUUAAAAAUCGUGGAAACCUAAAUAAGCACAUCAGAAUUCACAGUGGAGAAAAGCCUUUCACAUGCACUCAGUGUGGAAAAAGUUUCACACAAAAAGCAAACCUUAAUGUGCACAUGCGAUUUCAUAGUGCAGAGAAGCCUUUCACCUGCCAUCAGUGUGGCAAGAGUUUUAAAUAUCAUGGAAACCUUAAUAAGCACAUCAGAAUUCACACUGGAGAAAAGCCUUUCACAUGCCAUCAGUGUGGAAUGAGUUUUGCAAUUCAUGGAAUCCUUCGAUUGCAUAUGCGAGUUCACACUGGAGAGAAGCCUUUCACAUGCCAAGAGUGUGGAAAGAGUUUCGCACAGAAAGGAAACCUUAAUGUGCACAUGCAGUUUCAUACUGGAAAGAAGCCUUUCACAUGCCAUCAGUGUGGAAAGGGUUUCAGGUGUAAAGGAAGAUUAAAUUUGCACAUGCAAAUUCACACUGGAGAGAAACCUUUCACUUGCCAUCUGUGUGGAAAUAGUUUCGCACAGAAAAGAUCUCUUAAUGUGCACUUGCGACUUCAUACUGGAGAGAAGCCUUUCACUUGCCAUCAGUGUGGAAAAGGUUUCAUACAAGCAAGAAGACUCAAAACUCAUCGGUGUUCUGCAGUAGAAUCGGUUAAAAAAACACACCUGAACAUUCAUACAAAUGGGAAGGCUUACUUGUGUUUCCUUUGUGGAAGAAAUUUUUCAACUCUGCAUGGUUUUAAAAAGCACCAGACAGUACAUACCAGUGACAAAGCUCAUGUAUGCUCUCAGUGUGGGAAUGCCUUUAUUAGAGCUCACGACUUGAAAAUGCACCAAAAAAUUCAUACUGGAAAAAAACAAUCAUAAAUAAUUGCAAUAAUCUAGUUAUAGUAGUUAUAAUAGUCUAGUUUAGGCAUUUACUACUACUUCUAGUUGAAUAGGGUAUAUUAACAAUAAUGCCAUUUAUUAUUUUUGUCAAGUGUUCUGAUUUUAUUAAAUAUUGUGAAAUUACCAGAAAUGAAAUGGAACAAAAUCUUGUGUUGCACUUAAUGUACACAUAGAACAUGUUACAUUUAUUUUUGAUAGAUCAAGGACUUUCAACAUUGUAUCAACAUAUUCUCAUAAUCUGGACAUUAUGGCCCUAUUUACACCUUGCAUUAACAUGCGUUUCAUAACCGGAUAGUUUCUGGGUAUUCUUUAGCUGGAUUGCAGUCUUUUAGCAAAUUUUAUAAUCAUUGAUUGAUAAUUCAAAUGAUUUCCAUCACUAUGACAAUCUAAUUUUUCAUUUAUUGAAGUUUUUUGUGGUUGCCAAAGCUAAAUUUAGGGUCGCUGAAGCAAAUUGAACAAUAUUUAUCUGCAGUAUACUUCCCUGAUCACCUCAUGGUUUCAGUGAUCCGAUCACAAUGUGUCUUUUGUGCAUUGCACCUGUCAUUUAAUGGUGGUAAAGUGCUAUCCAAUAGCGAUUCAAUCACUAAAAAAAGCAUGUUAAUGCAAGGUGUAAAUGAGGCCUAUAACUAAAAAAAUAAAGAUGAAGAUGAAACUAAGAAAACUUCCUUGUGAAGUGCAUUCAGAAUUUCUUUAGUCUUUGUUGAACAACUGCAAUGACCUCUUCUUGACUGCAACAAAAAUACUUGAGAGACCAGAGGAAUUUGGUUUUCACAAAGACUUCUUGACGACUUUUAAACUGCAGCAGUUUAUGUGAAUUCCUGCUGUGGUAAAUAUCACUUUAAUGAGAGAUGUUUUUCACCUGAUCUAAAGGCAUCAUGGUCUAACUUAGCAGUGCAAAGAUUUAAUGUUUUCCCAUAUAAUGAUAAAUUUGGAGUGACUACAGAUACUGCAAACUCAUGUUUUACUGUCCUCACAAUGUAAAAUCUUGACAGCAAGCUAACAUUUUAAAUGGGAUUCCUAUUGUCUCUCAAGGUAUGACUUUUCUUGACUUGAAUUUAAGUAAUCCUCUUUAAUUCAUACCUUUUCCCCAUGUGAUCAUGUUGGUGAUUUUAUACCGUUUUCAUUUUUGUUUUAUUUUUUAUUUCUUGCCCAUUUAGCAAACAAUCUAUGACUGUGCACUGAUGAGCCAAAACAUUAUGACCACUCACAGGUGAAGUGAAUAAUGAUGAUCAUCUCCUAACAAGGCCACAUGUCAAGAUCUGGGUAGAUUAGAUGGUAAGCGAACAAUCAGCAGGGUUGGGGAGUAACAGAAUACAUGUAACAGGAUUAUGUAUUUAAAAUACAAAAUAUAAGUAACUGUACUUAAUAAACCUUGUGUAAAUUGUCAGCUUUAUGCUAAGCUAAAAUGCUAUUUCUAGCCAUUUUACAUGCACAUGUUACCAGGCACGAUCAUAUUAUUGUAUCAAGAAAAUUCACGUUGGAUCAUCAUUUCUUUUCUUCUAGUAAGACCUUUGAUAUUAGGGCAAAAAUUGUAUUCUUGAUGAUAAUUUUUGUAUUGUUUUCCUGUAAAAAUAUCUAAAAAUCCUUAAAACAAGAUCAAUUUGAUUUAUCUUGUUUUAGAAACAACACUGCAUAAGAUAUUUAGGUUUUUCAGAGAAUGUAUUUUUAACGUGUAUUUUGUCUUACUCUGUACUGGCAGAGUUUUUAUAGUCAAAACAAGUGAAAAAAAUCUACCAGUGCUGAAGAAGUAAUCCAAAGUAUUUAGAAUACGUUACUGACCUUGAGUAAUUUAACGGAAUACAUUACAAAUUACAUUUUACAGCAUGUAUUCUGUAAUCUGAAGUAGAAUAUACCAGACAUAUAUAUAUUUAUCCAACACAUCCAACCUCUUCUGCCAUUUCAUUCCUCUGAGAGAAAAAAAAAAAAAAUGCACUGUACAUAACAGAUUGUAUUAGAUUUGCACUACCCAUGUGUAUGUACACUAUAUUGCCAAAAGUAUUCGCUCACCCAUCCAAAUAAUUGAAUUCAGGUGUUCCAAUCACUUCCAUGGCCACAGGUGUAUAAAAUGAAGCACCUAGGCAUGCAGACUGCUUCUACAAACAUUUGUGAAAGAAUGGGCCGCUCUCAGGAGCUCAGUGAAUUCCAGCGUGGUACUGUGAUAGGAUGCCACCUGUGCAACAAGUCCAGUCGUGAAAUUUCCUCGCUACUAAAUAUUCCACAGUCAACUGUCAGUGGUAUUAUAACAAAGUGGAAGCGAUGGGGAAUGACAGCAACUCAGCCACGAAGUGGUAGGCCACGUAAAAUGACAGAGCGGGGUCAGCGGAUGCUGAGGCGCAUAGUGCGAAGAGAUCGCCAACUUUCUGCAGAGUCAAUCGCUACAGACCUUCAAAGUUCAUGUGGCCUUCAGAUUAGCUCAAGAACAGUGUGUAGAGAGCUUCAUGGAAUGGGUUUCCAUGGCCAAGCAGCUGCAUCCAAGCCAUACAUCACCAAGUGCAAUGCAAAGCGUCGGAUGCAGUGGUGUAAAGCACGCCGCCACUGGACUCUAGAGCAGUGGAGACGCGUUCUCUGGAGUGAUGAAUCACGCUUCUCCAUCUGGCAAUCUGAUGGAAGAGUCUGGGUUUGGCGGUUGCCAGGAGAACGGUACUUGUCUGACUGCAUUGUGCCUACUGUGAAGUUUGGUGGAGGGGGGAUUAUGAUGUGGGGUUGUUUUUCAGGAGCUGGGCUUGGCCCCUUAGUUCCAGUGAAAGGAACUCUGAAUGCUUCAGCAUACCAAGAGAUUUUGGACAAUUCCAUGCUCCCAACUUUGUGGGAACAGUUUGGGGAUGGCCCCUUCCCGUUCCAACAUGACUGCGCACCAGUGCACAAAGCAAGGUCCAUAAAGACAUGGAUGAGCGAGUUUGGUGUGGAAGAACUUGACUGGCCUGCACAGAGUCCUGACCUCAACCCGAUAGAGCACCUUUGGGAUGAAUUAAAGCGAAGACUGCGAGCCAGGCCUUCUCGUCCAACAUCAGUGUCUGACCUCACAAAUGCGCUUCUGGAAGAAUGGUCAAAAAGACCCAUAAACACACUCCUAAACCUUGUGGAAAGCCUUCCCAGAAGAGUUGAAGCUGUUAUAGCUGCAAAGGGUGGGCCAACAUCAUAUUAAACCCUAUGGAUUAAGAAUGGGAUGUCGCUUAAGUUCAUAUGCGUCUAAAGGCAGAUGAGCGAAUACUUUUGGCAAUAUAGUGUAUGUGUGUGUCUGUACGUAUGUGUAUAAAUUUUUUUUUAUUUAAUAUUUUUUAUUAUUAUCAUCUAUGUCUUGCUGCUGUUUUUGUGUUGUUGUACACUGGAAGCUUCUGUCACCAAGACAAAUUCCUUAUAUGUGUAAGCAUACUUGGCAAUAAAGCUGUAAAAGUAACCCUCACAACCCUGACAAUCAGUUCUUGUAGUCAACGUGUUAAAUGCAGUAGAAAUGGGCUAACGACUGGGUCAGAGCAUCUCUGAAAUGGCAAGGCUUGUGGGAUGCUCCCAAUCAGCAGUGGUGAGUACCUACUGGCAGUGGUCCAAGGAGGGACAAACCACAAACUGGUGACAAGGUGUUGGGCGCCCAAGGCUCAUCGAUGCACAAGGGCAACAAAGGCUCUGCUGUCUAGUUCGAGCUGACAGAAUGUCUACUGUGGCACAAGUCACAGAAAAAUGUAAUUAUGGUUACGGGAGGAAUGUGUCACUACACACAGUGCAUCCCACCCUGCUGCGUAUGGGGCUGCGUAGCCGCAGACCGGUCAGAGUGCCGAUUAUGACUCCUGUACAUCAUCGAAAGUUCCUACAAUGGGCACACUAGCGUCGGAACUUUGGAGCAGUGGAUGAAGAUUGCCUGGUCUGAUGAGUCCCGUUUUCUUUUAUACCACAUGGACGGCCAUGUACGUGUGCGCUGUUUAACUGGGGAAGUGAUGGCACUGGAUGCACUGUAGGAAGGCAACAAGCUGGUGGAGGGAGUGUAAUGCUCUGGGCAAUGUUCUGUUGGGAAACCCUGGGUCCAGCCAUUCAUAUGGACAUCAAUAUUACCUUAAACAUCAUUGCAGACCAGGUACACCCCUACAUGGCAAUGGUAUUCCCUGAUGGCAGUGGCCGCUUUCAGCAGGCUAAUGCGCCUUGCCACCCUGUACACGUUGUUCGGGAAUGGUUUGAGGAACAUGAUGAAGAGUUUAAGGUGUUGCCCUGGCCUCCAAAUUCCCCAGAUGUCAAUCCAAUUGAGCAUCUGUGGGAUGUGCUGGACCAACAAGUCCGAUCCACGGCGGCUCCACCUCACAACUAACAGGACAUGAAGGAUCUGCUGCUAAUGUCUUGGUGUCAGGUACCACAGAACACCUUCAGGGGUCUUGAAGAGUCCAUGUCUCAGCGGAUUGAUGCUAUUGUGGUGGCACGCAGAGGACCAACAGCAUGGUGAUAAUGUUUUGGCUCAUCAGUGUAGGCUAAUAGAUUAAUGCCACACAUGAACAUGAAAUAUGUGUUGCGCUGUGAACAAAGUAAAAAACAUUUGUAUACACAACCAACUUCUGUCAUUUUAUUUGACAUUGUCAAAAGGUCUUCAAGAUAUUUGUUGUGAGAUAGUACCCGACAUUUAAUGAUCCAUAGUGAUGAGUUGACUUGCCCAGUUCUGACUUAUCUUUAACAUACUCAAGUCUUGUUCACAGUUAUUUUCUUGAAAGAGACAAUGGCACUGAGAUCAUAUGAGUAUGAAUAUACUUUUACAAGAUCAUGUCCGGUUAAGCCUUUAAGCUUGGAAUAUUAAUAACUACAGUCUUUACCAACAAAAUGGGUAACGUUUUGAAGUUUAGAAGCUCUACUUUGCAAUGCAUGUAGGCAUUAUGACCAAAACCGAACAAGUGCUUUGAAAUUCGCAGAGAAAUCAGAAGUGUUCUGUUUUAAUUAAAAGUGUUGCUCUUUGCAUGUUAUUUGCAUAUAACUCAUUAAAUAGCCAUGUGUCAUAUUUUGUUGGAAAGCU